ACUCUCACCUCUGACCAGUCACAAUCCUCAAUGUUUUUUCGGGAGAAUUGAAUGUUUUUUUUUUACUAAUAUUUUGUCAACUCUCUAGUUCGUAGAGAUAAGGCUCAUUCAAUCUCUUUCUCUCAUGAUUCAACUAUUUUCAGCUCUUGCAUUUAUAGUGCAUGUAAUAAACUAAUAUUAUUGUGAUUGUCUGUAUCCUACGCACGCAAUGCACUGGGAUUGACAGCUUUUUUUUUCUCCAUAAUUAGACGUGGGCAACGCCUUGUUGUGUAAAGAAAAAGAUAAUCUCUCUCUCUCUCUCUCUCUCUCUCUCUCUCUCAGUGUGUGUGCGUAGAUGGAAAAGGAAGAAGAGAGGCUGGAGCCGGCAGAGGUGGAGGAGGAAGCAGCUGCGGAAACCACUCCAUUAGUGAGAAAAUCGACAAGAAAGAGAAAUGAGAGCAAAAUGUUUGCAAAAUAUGGUGUUGAAGUUGAUGGUGGAGUGAGUAAUGGAGUCUCUGUGAAAAAUAACUACGCAAUUCUGUCUCAAAAUGAAGGACAACACCAGAAAAUGGAGGAGGCUGAAAAUGAGUCGGAAGCCAUUAAUGGUGAGCACAAAAUACAGGAGAAUGAAAGUGUUGUUGAGAAUGAAGCAGAAGCCACAAAUGGCGAGAACAAUUCAGAGAAUCUUGUUUUCCAUGACAAAGUUGAAGGUAUUUUGUCAUGGCUCCUUAUUUGUUUUUAUUGGAGUAUAUAUGAAGAAUGUGUCUGGAAAAGAUAAAAUUUUAAAAUAGUAGCUUGAUAUUCUUGUGUCUUUAACCCCACUCCAAAACCCUACCUGUCUGUAAAAUAUGUGGAAAAAAGUAAAAGGGCCCUCUUCACUAUUUAUAUUGUUUUCCAGUAUAUAUAUAUAUAGAUUAUGGCAUGUGGCCUGUUGGAAAACCUUUAUAUCUUGAUUUUAGGGAUCUGAAUCAGGUUUGCAGUUGUUGAGAGCAAAAAUAUGCAUCUGGCUGUACCAAAAAUUGGUUUUUCUAUCAAAAUUCUCUGUUGAGGUUUAGGUGUUAACCCUAUAUCUACAUAUAUGUGUAAGACGCUAAUCGUGGAAGGUCCUGCACGUACAAACCAUGACAUCUUAUCUCUUGAUCCCACUAUUCAGUCCAAUGGUACUUCUGUAGUAAACAAUCAACUCAAGGAAAAGGUGGAGGAGAAUGAUGUUCCUAGUUCAAAUCUUCCGCUUUGUGACAGUUCAUCUCAAGAAGGCUUAGGUGUUAAUCCUAUAUCUACGUAUGUUCGUAAGACGCUAAUCUUGGAACGCCCUGCACAUACAAAACAUGACGUCUCUUCUCUUGAGGGGAACGGCUUUCCUAGUUCAAAUCUUCGGCCUUCUGACAGUUCAUCAGAAGAAGAUUUGGUUGCAGGUGUUAAUUCUACAUCUACAUAUAUUAUAAGGGAGCCAUUCCUGAAAGGUCCUGCUAUUGAGUUCAAUGGUGCUUCUGUAAUAAACAAUCCACACGAGGAGGAGGUUGAGGGGAACGGCUUUCCUAGUUCAAAUCUUCGGCCUUCUGACAGUUCAUCAGAAGAAGAUUUGGUUGCAGGUGUUAAUUCUACAUCUACAUAUAUUAUAAGGGAGCCAUUCCUGAAAGGUCCUGCUAUUGAGUUCAAUGGUGCUUCUGUAAUAAACAAUCCACACGAGGAGGAGGUUGAGGGGAACGGCUUUCCUAGUUCAAAUCUUCGGCCUUCUGACAGUUCAUCAGAAGAAGAUUUGGUUGCAGGUGUUAAUUCUACAUCUACAUAUAUUAUAAGGGAGCCAUUCCUGAAAGGUCCUGCUAUUGAGUUCAAUGGUGCUUCUGUGAUAAGCAAUCAAUACGAGGAAGAGGUUGAGAGUAACGGCAUUUCUAGUUCGUUUCAAGAAGGUAGAACGAGUUAUGAGCCCUCUGAAGAGAUCAAACCUGCAGAAACAGAGCUGAUAAAUGAGGAUGAUCUGGAAAUAACAGAAUCAGACGUUGAAAGAGUAAUACAGAAGCAAACCACACAUGAUCUCUACUGUCCCAAUUGCAAGUCUUGUAUCACAAAGAGGGUGAUUCUUAGCAAAAGAAAGCGCAGGAUAAGGAUUACCGAUGAGGAGGUUAAGCGUCCCAAAACAGGAACUGCAGCCGUAGGUGCUGUUUCGUCCGAGGAUCAAGUUUAUCAAGAAGGGGGAGUUGAUAAUGACGAUGCUCAAACACCAACAAUAGAUGAAGAUGAACGUGAGAGGGGGCCUGCUAUAUUUAGAUGCUUAUCAUGCUUCAGCAUUUUCAUUCCAACUGGGGACGGGUUCAAAUUGUUCCCAUCAUUUGGUGGCAAAAGAGUGAAAGAUAAUGCACAGGACGAGCAAGCACCGGGCAUAAAAAAGAACUGGUUCGACAUAUUUAUACCAUAUAGGCAGAAAGCACCCGUUGAGAAAGGAAGUAGUUCUGAGACAAACGUGCAACAAGUUAGCUCAGCCAUUCCGUCGUCUGACCCUGCUCAUGAAAGUGGUCUACCUUUAGUUUUACAAGAUACUGGCUCACCUACUCGUGCUCCUGAACAACUUGAGGGAACUACUGGGAAAACUAAUACACACGAAGGCCGGGAUCUAACUCUUCCUGACCUAUACAAUGUUCUAAAGCUCCCGUUGUUAGUAGAUGCUAUGAAGUCCGAUGUGUUAGCCGCAGAUCAACAAAUGGAAUCAAAACCUGGCCGAGAAGUUCACACCAGUCUAGAUAAGGACAUCGUCCAGCUCUCAACGCCAUUAGUUUCAACGGCUGAAGAUGUGGAUGGCACAUUGAACAUUUCGGUAUCUAUUCCUCACGACGAGCAAGAUGUUACAGCCACUAUUGUGACUACAUCAAUCAUUGACAGCAGAAAUGUCGAUUCCAGAAGCAGUGAUAGCGGUGAGGUCUACCCUGAUGAAGUGCCUCAGCAGAUGACCACUACAACGACGUUCGAAUUCCAUCAUGACAAGCCACUCAGAACUGGGAUCACUUCAGAUAUAGGAGAUGCACCAGCUGCACAAGGUGCAGGCAACGAAACCAGAAUAACUAUAGAUACGCAUCCACCUGUGUUGCCUUGUAUUGAUGAAGGCAUAACCCCUCCUAUAGUAGUAUCCCAGUCGGGAACUCAAACUACUACUGCUGAUAGCGAAGGACGUAGAGCUAGAGAAGAACGCAAAGUUGAAGUGAUCAAAAGCAUAGUUUAUGGUGGGCUUGCAGAGACCAUGACUAGCCUUAGCGUCGUAUCAUCAGCCGCUGGUGGUGGUGCGACCACAUUGAAUGUGUUGACUCUGGGAGCUGCAAAUCUGAUUGGAGGUCUUUUUAUCAUUGCUCACAAUCUGUGGGAUUUAAGAUGUGACCGUGUCGAGGAGCAGCUCUCCAACCAAAUAACCGAGCAAGCGGAUCGUUACAGACAGCUCCUAGGCCGGAGACAGAAUUUUGCGCUGCAUGCUGUACUCGUCAUAAUAUCAUACAUCAUGUUCGGCUUGGUGCCUCCAGUUUUGUAUGGCUUCUCGUUCCGUGGGUCGGACGACAAACAGCUGAAGCUUUUGAUGGUAGCAGCAGCUUCUCUAGUCUGCAUAGUUAUGCUAACAGUUGGAAAGGUCUAUGUGCAGAGACCCCCAAAGUCUUACUUUAAAACAGUCAUGACCUUCCUGAUUCUCGGGAUCUCGGUCUCGGGUGUGUCGUAUGCCGCUGGCGGAUUAGUCGAGCGCCUGCUGGUGAAGCUCGGGCUGUUUGGGCCGAGCUCAGCAGCUCCCAACUUGUUUGUGCCGGAGAUGACACCAGUUGGCUCAGGAUGGGCCUCUUACUGAGUGCUCUCUCUAGUUACGUGUUCAGUUGAAUAAUGGAGGUUGGCGAUUUUGUUGGAACUGGAAUAAGUCUUAGCUAGUCAUGGAGCCCCUCUAUAUAGUCAUUGUAUUUUUGUUGUUGUAUUUAUAUCUUGCACUUGGAACUCUUCUCUUUUCUCAUAAAAUUUGAUGUCUCUACUGUGCA